AUGAGGAGAAGGACAACAUCGGAUGGAUCUCUACAGACCGCAAGUAUCCCUCACGGCUCUGCUUAUUUUACCAUGGGGUUUGCAGCCGGCUCCCUUUCUGCAGCAAUCUGGAUGGUGGCGGGGGCAUCUGUCCCUUUCAUACUUCUGGAAUCUUCUCUGGUGGAUCCACAGCUUCUCAAGGAUGCUCACAAGGAAGAAGCUGCCACUUCCAGCUCCCGCAGCAGCAGCAACAGCAACAGCUCUAAUGCCGACAACAGAGUGGAUGACGGAGGUCGGUUAUGCCAUUUUUACUGUCAUGCGCUUGCUGGAGCCGCCGUCGGCAACAGCUUCACCUGGAUCCUGCUCCAUUUACUCCUGAUCCCGUCGAAACCUCUUUCCAUCACGCAUCUAUUGCUGGUGUUUCCACUUCUCGUUGGAUUAUGGUGGGAGCGAACCAUGUCUCAUGGACCCAUUCAAGAGUUGCAACAGAGGAAACAAGAAGGGACGAAUGCGGAGAGUGUGAUUCUGGUGUAG